UAUACAUUCGCGGUCGAGCGAAACGAGCUUGCGUCGUGGCGAAGAGCUGAUAAUUAAGUAACUUUUGUACAUUUUCUACCGCCGGUUCCCCCGCUACACAAGCACCAACCUCCCAAGCAACAUAAUGGUUUACCAAGUGAAAGACAAGGCUGACCUUGAUGCCCAGCUGAAGCAGGCAGGAAGCAAGCUGGUGGUCCUGGACUUCUAUGCCACCUGGUGCGGCCCCUGCAAGAUGAUCGCCCCCAAGCUGGCUGAGCUGGCCACGCAGUACGCCGACAACAUUGUCAUCCUCAAGGUCGAUGUGGAUGAAUCUGAGGAUAUUGCCAUGGACUACAACAUCUGCAGCAUGCCCACGUUUGUGUUCAUCAAGAACAGCAGCAAGGUGGAGGAGUUCGCUGGCGCCAAUGCCCAGAGGCUGGAGGAUGUCAUCAAGGCCAACAUCUAGGCUGGGAAUGGGGAUCCCAUUCCUCUACGACACCUCAACGAGUUCUACAUAACAUUUAGUUAAUUAUUCCAUAAGUGCAGCUCAGGAGGAUCAGGAUCCGGAUUGUUGUUUGUUGUCCGCCAAUCGAUUUCCCCAAGUAAACAAAAAAAUUGAAGAGAACUGCAGUGCAGCUCCUGAAAGGAAGGGAGGCGGAGGCACUUGCAGCAGCAACAAUAAAGUGAGAUACAAGUGGCUUUUAAUCGUUUAAAUAUUUGCUUAAUUAACAAUCAAAAAACACACACAAAACGAAUUGUAGACAUUUGUACUCCCCACAAGCGUAAAAAACUGUAUAAGAAAUAAAUGUAACACCCGUUCUAUCCGUUUGUAAAA